CUGGUUCUUCGGCAAGGUGUCGCGGAAAGAAGCGGAAAAACUGCUGCUACUGGACGAGAACCCGCGCGGCACGUUCCUGGUGCGCGACUCCGAGCACAACCCGAACGGAUAUUCGCUGUCGGUCAAGGACUGGGAGGAGAGUCGCGGAUACCACGUCAAGCACUACAAGAUCAAACCACUGGAUAAAGGCGGAUACUACAUUGCCACAAGCCAGACCUUCCCCACGUUGCCUGCUCUUGUCACUGCCUACACAAAGAACGCACUGGGUCUGUGCCACGUGCUAGCCAGGCCAUGUCCAAAGCCGAAGCCUCAGAUAUGGGACCUGUCACCUGAACUCAGAGAUCAGUGGGAGAUCGACCGCAACGAAAUACUGCUUACGAAGGCUGGUCAUGGCAAUUUCGGCGAAGUGUGGUAUGGCAAAUGGAGAAACAACACAGAAGUGGCGGUUAAGACACUGCGGCAGGGAACAAUGUCAACCCAGGCGUUCCUACAGGAGGCGGCCAUCAUGAAGAAGUUCCGCCAUGACAGGUUGGUGGCCCUGUACGCAGUCUGCUCCAAGGAGGAGCCUGUCUACAUCGUGCAGGAGUACAUGAAACAUGGCAGCUUGCUAGAGUUCCUGCGCAACGGAGAGGGAAAACACUUGCAGUUCGGUGAUCUCAUUUAUAUUGCUGCUCAG